AUGAUGUCCAUGAACAGCAAACAGCCGCAUUUUGCCAUGCACCCCACCCUACCUGAACACAAGUACCCCUCGCUGCACUCCAGCUCGGAAGCAAUAAGAAGAGCCUGUCUACCAACUCCACCGUUGCAGAGCAAUAUCUUCGCCAGCCUGGAUGAGACCCUGCUGGCCCGGGCCGAGGCUCUGGCGGCCGUCGACAUCGCCGUGUCCCAGGGCAAGAGCCACCCGUUCAAGCCGGACGCCACCUACCACACCAUGAACAGCGUGCCGUGCACCUCCACCUCCACCGUGCCGCUGGCGCACCACCACCACCACCACCACCAUCACCACCAGGCGCUGGAGCCCGGGGACCUGCUGGACCACAUCACCUCCCCGUCGCUGGCGCUCAUGGCCGGCGGCGGGGGGCACGAAGGGGCCGGCGGGGGCGGCGGCGGCGGAGGAGGAGGGGGAGGCGGCGGAGGCGGCGGCGGGGGGGGCUUGAUCUCCACCUCGGCCCAUCCCCACUCGCACAUGCACGGCCUGGGCCACCUGUCGCACCCGGCCGCCAUGAACAUGCCCUCGGGCCUGCCCCACCCGGGGCUGGUGGCCGCUCACCACGGCGCGGCGGGGCAGGUGGCCUCGGCGGUGGUGGGGGCGGCCGGCCUGGCCUCCAUCUGCGACUCGGACACGGACCCCCGCGAGCUGGAGGCCUUCGCCGAGCGCUUCAAGCAGCGGCGGAUCAAGCUGGGCGUGACCCAGGCCGACGUGGGCUCGGCCCUGGCCAACCUGAAGAUCCCCGGCGUGGGCUCGCUGAGCCAGAGCACCAUCUGCCGCUUCGAGUCGCUCACCCUGUCCCACAACAACAUGAUCGCGCUCAAGCCCAUCCUGCAGGCCUGGCUGGAGGAGGCCGAGGGCGCCCAGCGCGAGAAAAUGAACAAGCCCGAGCUCUUCAACGGGGGCGAGAAGAAGCGCAAGCGGACUUCCAUCGCCGCCCCGGAGAAGCGCUCCCUGGAGGCGUACUUCGCCGUGCAGCCCCGGCCCUCCUCCGAGAAGAUCGCCGCCAUCGCCGAGAAAUUGGACCUGAAAAAGAACGUAGUGCGGGUUUGGUUUUGCAACCAGAGACAGAAGCAAAAAAGGAUGAAAUUUUCCGCCACCUACUAA